CGCAACUUUGCAGGUAUUGAAGGUAUAAAUCACAACAACAAGCCUUUGAAAAAUUAAUUGAUACUCUGCGGUUUGGAUUCAACCUCAAAUACCAAUCAUACAACAAUAGUACGAGAGUGUGUGAACGCAUUGUUUAAACUUGUUUCAAGUAUCUUCAUAGUCACCGUUUAAUUCUCUCUUCGAAUAUAUUAGCAUUUUGUGAUCAAACAAGCCUUCCGAAAUUUACCCUCUUUGAUCAUCACAACCACCACAUUUUGUAUACUACUGCUACCAAUCGCUAAUACUUCCAUCAAAUCUCCACACAAUUGUAACAUAUAACUCUCCUAGGAAUACACCAUGUUUUUCGAACCAUCCCCACCAAACUUUUGCCUUCAUAGACAUCCCUCCUCCUCUUCUUCAUCUCCCAACCAAAAUACACGUACAGCUUCUGCAGAUCCAACAUUGGAAGCUACUCGUUUGAGAAAUCUCCUUGAUAGUCAACAACACCUUUGUGUGGCAUCAUCACCUCUUUCAACUCUUAGAUCCACAAGCCUCCAAUCCAAUUCAUCACCAACAAAUUUGUCAACCAGCCUACCGUCACCCAACACAACUAUCCAACAACCUCAAAUAGAUUCCGCCUUUUUCAAUCACCUAAAAGACAACCUGAAAGUCAUUAGGGACAUUUUGAUGGGAGAUGAAGAGUUUUGUAUGAAGACAUUGUCGACCAAUAUUACCCUAGACGCCUCGUCAUGCAAUUUGUUCAAAGAUUCACUCGAUGGUGUGUUGAAAUAUUUGAACAAUUCCUUUUUUCAAAACCGCUCUAAUUCCACAGCAAUUGAACAUUUAAAUAGCCUAGUGGAUGUUAAAUCAACCUUGAAAGAUAACCCUUGUAGUACAACAUCCCAAGAUCACAUCUUCCAAAACAACUUUUUCCUUUUUUAUAAGUUUUGCGUGAGAGCACUCUUUAUCCAAAGUAUCAUUGAAAAUCCAGAAUUGUAUUCCAAAUCUGGAGAUGAAUUGAGAAAUAGACUCUCUAUUGAUGAUUUGGCUGUUGCCAUUGACUUUUUUGAAAAUAGAGAUUUCUACCAUUCUAACUCUCCAAAUGCCAACUCUAAUUUUAACUUGUUUGGUUUGUGCCAUCAAAUUCCAACUCCUAAUAAUCCUCCUCAAUUGAUUAAUUCUGAUGAACCAACUCAAAAGAGAAAACUUUCUCAAUUCUUAUCUGAUAAUGAAGAAUACUCACCAUUAUUGGAGUCUGUAGAUUGUGAAGAAUCCAAGAUAAAGAGAAGAAAAUACAACAUUGCUGUACUUUCGAGCUUUAACAUUGACAAGACUACAACAGAGAUUAGAGACCUUUUCCAUCCAUGCUUGAGAUCAUUCUAUGACCAAGUUAAUGAAGGAUUAAAAGCCUAUCGGGAAGAAAUGCUCUCUGAAAAGAAUCAAUCCAAGACUUCUAUGGAUGAUGCCAUUUUGGGUACAGAACUUGUUUGUAAAUAUAGAGCAAAGGAGUCAUACUUCCAUUUCCUUGAAUCUGUCAAGAAGAAUCCAUACAAUUAUCAUGCCUACUUCCAACUUUUAGAAGUAUUUAGGUUAAUGGAUAAGAAUAUUGAAACUAUGAAAUGGUUAAGAAUUGGUAUUGUGAGAUGCGACGAAGAACUUAACUAUUUAAAUACCCUCUACGAAAUUGCCAAUAGUCCAUUGAUGAACAUGAAAAGUUCUCCAAGUGGAAUUGAACUACUUUCCACUUUUACAACCCUCAUCAAAAAGACAAAGGCUGUCAGAGAAGUAUUCUUCGGUUGCCUCCACCACUUUACUCACAAUCCAAGUCCUAACGAACACUUUUUCAGUGCCAUAGAGAAAGAUAGCCAAUGCUUUUAUGGACACUAUUUUAUUGGUAUGCUAACUGGUUUUAACAAACUUUCGUCAAGGAAUCAAAUGGCUCCAAUUCAUUUCCUCGACAAUUCUUUGAAUGCCAUCAAGGAAUCACAUGCUUUUGGGUUCAGAGGUAUUAUACCUGCUGCUGCAUAUUUUGAUUCUUGUGAUGUUGAAAUGACAUAUGGUAAUUCCAUGCUUCAACCUUUUGUAUAUUACAUGAUUGGUCUUCUUAAAUGGAGAGUCAAUGACGUUAAGGCGACCAUGCAAAACUUUAAUAAGGCUCUAGAAUGUAAUGAGAAUUUAAUUCUAAUUUACUUGAAUAGAGUAACACUCUUCCAACAAACCAAGUACUUUGACAAGGCCCUAAAAGAUAAUAAUGUUCUAAUGAAUAUUAUCUGGAAACAUUCACCUCUAAGCGAAAUUAGAUCUGAACUUUCAAUGGCCUACCUAAAUCAAGCUCUUCUCCUUCUAGAUAUGAAAGAGAAAAAUAUUAACCUGGUCGUAGAGUCAUUAGAAAAGUCUUUUGAGACUUAUCCAAUGAAUAUUUGCGCUCUUGACUGGUUGUGUGGUAUUCAAACAAACAGACAAUCACUAUCUCUAGAGAAGUACGAAAAGUAUGCUGAACAAGUCUAUGAGUACAUGGAAAGAUUAGAAAGAGACGAAAUGAUUCGAUUCUGCAAACUCCAAGCUCACAUGUACAGAUUGUUCAGCAGUGACAAACUGGCCAAGUGGCAAAAAAUGUUAAAUAAUUUCGGAAAUAUUAACUCACGAACACAUUAGUGUUAAUAAUAAACACAAAAUAUUGCACAAAGUUAAUAGUUGCAAUAUAUAAAUA